AUGCCGCGCCUGCUGCCGCUCCUCCCGCUGCUGUUUCUGCUGCUGCCGCCACCGGUCCCGGGCCUCGGGCUCCGCGGCGCGAGCGGCCGGGGCCCCGAUUGCGGCCCGUGUCGGCCCGAGCGUUGCCCGGCGCCCGCACGCUGCCCCGCGCCCGGGUUCGCUGUGCGCGACGAGUGCGACUGCUGCGCGCGCUGCCUGGGCGCCGAGGGCGCGAGCUGCGGGGGACCGGCCGGCGCGCGCUGUGGCCCCGGCCUGGUGUGCGCCAGCCGGGCCGCGGGGGCGGCGCCCGAGGGCACGGGGCUCUGCGUGUGCGCGCAGCGCGGCGCCGUCUGCGGCUCCGACGGCCGCUCCUACCCCAGCAUCUGUGCGCUGCGCCUGCGCGCCCGGCACGCCCCCCGCGCGCACCCAGGGCACCUGCACAAGGUGCGCGAUGGACACUGCGAGUUCGCUCCUGUGGUUGUCAUUCCACCCCAGAGCAUUCACAACGUCACCGGGGCGCAGGUGUACCUGUCCUGUGAGGUGAGGGCUGUGCCCACCCCAGUCAUCACAUGGAGGAAGGUCACACAUUCCUCCGAGGGCACCCAGGUGCUGGAGGAGUUGCCUGGGGACCACGUCAAUAUAGCUGUCCAGGUGCGAGGGGGUCCGGCCGACCAUGAGGCCAUAGCCUGGAUAUUGAUCAACCCCCUGAGAAAGGAGGAUGAGGGAGUGUACCAGUGCCAUGCGGCCAACACGGUGGGGGAGGCCCAGUCCCACGGCACAGUGACGGUGCUAGAGCUGAGUAAAUACAAAAGCCCCCACUUCCCAGCUCCAGAUGACCACAUGUGA